CCCCCAAUUUAUUAUAUGCUGCACUCUGUACUUUUGUUUCACUCGUUUAUCGAAAAAAAAAAGAAGCUUUUCUCUCACCUUUUGUUUUGGAGGUUUUCAUUUCAUGGUUGCCCACCUUGUUUUUCCUCCUCCUUAGAAUCUCACUCCUAUUUUCACAUCCCUCAGUCAUAGAAUCUCAAACAUUUUGGCCAACCCAUUAAUACCAUUUUCCCUCUAUUUCUUUCUAUUCUCCUACCUUGCUUGAUUCAUUUAUAAAUAUAGUUUUUUGGGUUACUUAUCAAGGCUGCUGAUUCUUAGAAGAACCUUUUGCAUGUUCUUCCAUUUAACAAACCCAGUUGUAGAAAUAUGAAGAAUCGAACUUGGCACCAUCCUUUGGAGAAAGUGGAAAACAAGUUUCUUUCCUUUUAAACCCUCCAACUCUUUAUGCAGUUACAGCCACCACCACCUCAAGCAGGCAAAAGAACCAUCUCUCUUUCUGUUCUUUUGGGUAUUUUGGUUCUUCAUUGUGCCAGUCUUUUAAGAGGCUUAGCCACCAUUAUUGGGCUUCUGGUUUCCUCCAUGGCAACCAAGAUGAAAGGAAUCUACAAAAGCUUCAAAUUUAUCUCCCAAAUCUUUGUUGUCAAGGAGCGAGAGAUGGAAAUCGGGUACCCAACAGAUGUUAAACAUGUGACACACAUUGGAUGGGAUGGCCCAUCUGGUAGUGCACCCAGUUGGAUGAACGAUUUCAAAACUGCAUCAGACUUCUCAGCAAGUUCGCUUGGUAACAUUGGAGUCAGUGAGGGAAGAGAUUCCAAUUCUAUAGCCCUUUCCACGUGGUCUUCUCAAGAUUUUGAGCAAUCCUUGAGUCGCCAACCAGUAUCCGAGAUGUUCUCAGACAUUCCUCCAAAUGAACUCCCAAAUAUUCCCAAGAAUCCAAAGCGGAAGAAGAGCAAAUCAACUUCGUCUUCAAGCUCAGCAUCAUCCUCAUCGAGAGGUUUUCGAUUGACAAAAUCAAAGGCUACACACAACAACAUGGGGGCAUCACCAAACCUGCAGCUACUUUAGAAAUGUGUUAAGGAAAUUGAUUCAAAUUUUAGAGAAACUAGUGUCAUGUGCAUAGCAUAGACUUUCAUGAGACUUUAGUUCAUAGAGAUUCACAAGGGCAAGAAUGAAAGUCUUAAAACUUGAAAAUAGUAAUUUGUGUACAUCUUGGAAAGCAUAUGGCGCUGCAGAUAAAGGGAGUUAGAGAGAGAUUUGUGGAAGAAAAGGGUGUGAUAAUUAAGGAAGAUGAUCCCAUAUUUUGCUUCUACAUACUAGCAGAGUGAUAUGGACUUUGUACGUGGCUUUACUUAGUGAUGGUUUUGCUAGGCUGAUUAUUGGACAAAAACGCUAGAAAUCUUUACUUGUAAAUCAUCAGCAAUUAACCUUAUUUUAACCCCAGUUGAUCAAGAUUGGUUUUUAGUUUCGAUUUAUCAUUCAUACUUUGUAGUCCAAUCCAAUGUUAGUGCAAUUGCAACUUGUGUUCUGUGUC